AUGAAGCAGGAUACCGUCCCCCAAUACGAGAGCUUCGUCAACCCGAGUGACCUGCUCAAAUGGGUUGAGGAACAGCCGGAGGAAUCGUGGAUUUCCAUCGCGCAAAAUAUCUUUGAUCACCUCCUCUCCCUGGCCGCUCAGCCAAAGGGAGUUUCGGGCAACUCAUGCGUGAAGCUCUGCGGAUUUGUCGAGCAAAGCUCAAAGUCCGACAAACCGGCCCUCCGGCAAUGGGCUUUCUCCAAAGAGCCCAGUCUGGGCCUCUUCAACUUCUUCAUCAAGUGGAAUGAGACGGAGCAGCACCGGUCCAUGAAGCUGGUCUUGGACCUGCUCCCCUCGCUCAUUCGUCGUAACCCCGACCAAGCCGUCUCUGACCUAGUCAAGACGACCAUCUUGGACACCCUCAUCUCGAUCAUCGGGCCGCAGUCCACCAAGCCUCUGGUCAAGUCGUCGCUCAAAGCCAUGGACUACUUUGCCGGCAAGUCCGUCUUCAGCGUCGACGACAUCGCGGCGAGCUAUAGGCGGACGCAGCCGGAAUGCACCUGGGCGUCCGAUAUUGCACUGUGGGAGGACUUCUUCGGCCAGAUGCUCGACUGGAUGACCAUGCACUACGUGUGUCCGACUACGGGCAAGUUCAUCGUGACCAUCUUCAGGGCACUGAGACAGCAGUCUUUAAAGACACCGCAAGCUGCAGGCGCCGAGCAUUUUAGCGUCGAGAUGUGGCUUCGUUGGGUCCAGGCUGCCAUUGCCAAGACGCCGUCCUUGCUUGAGGGCAUCAAGACGUAUGUUUUCCUUCCGUUGUUCAAGGAUGACCGCAAAGACUCGGUCCAGAUCCUGGAACAGAUCAACAGCAUGUGGUCUACCUCUGGCUCCGCCGUGGCUGAGCUAGACACUCUGGCCCAGUUGAACCUCGCCGUGCUGGAAGUCGGUAAAAAGGUGGGCAUGGUUGAGGAGCCCGGCGCCAUUUACAGAGAGGAAUCCUCCUCAGCAGUAGUCUUGGAAGAGGCCGUGCUUGAGAGAGUCCUGUCACAUCCUUCCCACGAGCUCCGCUCGCUAGCGCUGUCCCUCAUCGUCGCUUCCCCUUCGACGACGAGGCCUUACUCACCUGUAGCCCUCCGCCUGUUGCAAGCUCAUCUCCCGACGUACUUUUCAGAGUCGGACGCGAAGUUCCGCAUGGAACUGCUGAGCAAGCUCAAAGAUAUGUUCAAGCGCAGCAGAGGCGCAAUCUUCAUCCUGCAUAAGAGUCUGGCCCGUCUUAAGGCCUUUGACGGCGCUGCCAACGGUGCGCCAAAGGCCCCCAAAGCGCCGCCGAAGCAGGCGAACCACCGCACCAACAUCUUGCUCUGGCCAGAGGACAAGCUGCGGGCGAGCUUGAAGCAGCACGAAGACUUCUUGGCGUGGUACAUUGCCUUUUUGCGGUCUGAGCUGAUCCCGACAGCCUCUUUCCAGCGUCACUUCACCGCGCUCAGGGCUGUUGCCUUCAUCCUCAAGCUCGAAGCCGAUGCCGGCAAGACAUGGGAGACGGAGGAGGACGAGACCCUCUUCUUCAACCUGUUUGACGGGAAGUGGACGCGCGCGCUCCUCGAUCUCAUCAUGGACCCCUUUGACGAUGUUCGGGAGAACGGUACGUCUGUCCUCAAGAGCUUGUUCGCCGACAAGCGCUUCAAGCGUCUCGUUGGUACACAAGGUGUCUCGCCGACACUGGAAGAGUUCCUGUCGAGAGCCGAGGAUAUUGCGCGGAGGACGGCGCGAGCCGAUCAUGCCGAUGGCGUCGCUCGGACAAACGAGCUUCUCUUCAGAUUCUACGACGGUAGGGAGGCGCAGAUCGCGCAUAUUUCAAAAUUGAUGGAUCUUCUCGAAGGCAAGCUUGCCUUUGCAGAGGCCGAUCUGGGCAAUGCCGUUCUUGAGGCGCCGGUUCACGGUUACUUUGCUUCCCUCCGGUGA